AUGGCUUCGAUGAGUGAAAGUCCAUCGGGCUCAACCCCUCGUCGUCAUCGUCGAGGUUUACCUCGAAGUGUGGCGGCAUGCCAACGGUGUCGACGACGCAAGCAAAAGUGUGAUGGAAGAAUGCCAACUUGCGGUUCAUGCGCUGCUGCUGAAACGACAUGCGUCAUGUCGGAUAGAUUAGUGAUCCAGCACCCAUCUCUGAAUUGUGAUUGUGAUGCCCUACGGGCCCAACUUGCUGCUGCUGAGCGACGAAGUGAUGAGCUGUCUGAAAGGUGUCAGCAGCUAGAGACCCGUUUGCUCGAGGCUCUCAGUUCUGUUCGAUCUAAUGACUCUGGAAUUCCAAGUCCCAAUCCUCGGUCACCUGGGCCUAAUUCUGCCGAGGCUAUAUCUCAGUCUGACCAACUGAGAGGGAAUCCAGAUUGUCGCUUCCUUAGUCGGAUACUGAGACCAACCUUCUCACUGCAAUUUAGCUCCAGAAGGGAGAACCGCAGUUCUAUGAGCAGCGCUUGGGAGCUAUGGGGUGAUAUCACAGAUAUCGAAGUUUCUGAAACAGAUGGUUUAAGUCUCGACAAUGACACGUACAUUAAUCUGGCUGGCGCGUUUUUCGAUAGGCGAUGGCCGUAUUUACCAGUAUUACAUCGGCAUACAUUCGUCAACCAACACUUGACACCCUUUCUAACGAAGUCUGAGAUGAGGCCAUUGUCCAGUUUCAUGGUAAACAUCGUCUGUGCCAUUGCGUCAACAGAGAAGUCAUCACCCCAAACUCGCGACAAGACCCAUCGGGUAUUCUUCAAAGAAGCCAUAAAAGACCUGGACCUGGUUUUGAGCGGCGAGAAUAUUGAAUGUGUUCAGUGUCUUCUCCUACUGUGCAUGUAUGGCCAUAAUGAACCCCAGUCAGUCAAUAUGUGGUUCACAACCGCUAUGGCCCUUAAUUUAGCCAUCGGCCUUGACCUUCACCGCAAGGAGAGCAUUUCUGGGAAAGACAUCAUGGAUGCAGAGAUGUCUAAACGUGUAUUCUGGUGCGCGUACGUGAUUAAUUGCAGUGUGGCCAUCAACAUGGGCCGACCUUUGGGAAUCCAAGAAUCAGAUGUUAGCAUGCCUUUGCCUAUGCAGCUGACGGAUGCCCAGCUUAUUGAAUCUAUCCAGAGCCCCAAUGUCGAGGAGUCAGUGAUACCGCAUGUGGCUGACACGUCAACAUUUGUCCACAUUAUUAAGCUCCGUCGAAUCAACGCCGGUGUUUACAAGACAUUUCAUUCCAUCGGUUCUGUCCCAACUGAUCCUGCUGACCUGGAUCGGCUUCGCAGUGGAUAUUUUCUGGAGCUGAAUCAGUGGAUAAUAACAGCGCCGCGCUAUAUGCAGACUUUAUCUACUUUCCAGUCCACUGAGUGGUUCCAGAUUGCUUUCCAUCACGCCGUUCUUUCACUUUACCGUCCCUCACGUGCGGUCCCAAUGCCAUCACCAGAUGAUCUGCGGACCUGCACCGAGUCUGCCAUUGGUCUGAUAAGCUCAUAUAGCGCACUGUACGCGCGGAACCGCAUUAAAUAUACGUUCAUCGCAAUUCACUCGUUGUUCUUGGCAGCCGUGACAAUGCUGUAUUCUCUGCGAGCGUUUGCACCCUUGCGGCAAGAAUUGACCAAGCCGGUGAUUCAAACGAAUAUAUCUACGUUUCUUACCCUCUUCCGGGGCAUUUGCGAUGGACGUGCGGUCGGCGAAAAGUGUUGCAGGAUUGUUGAGCGGCUUGGCCAGUCGAUUAUGUCCUUAUUCGAACAUGAAGAUCAGGCAGACUUGAGUAUUGAUACCGAGUUCCAAACCUGGUUUGGUCUUAGAGCACACACGUUUCCCUCCAAGGCUAGCAACCCAGCCUCAGAUGCCUAUGCUCAUGACUCACCGUCACGUCUUCCUGACGUUCAAAUGGACCUCCCAUGGGCUGACCUAUUCAUGGAGGGAAUAGACAUGAGCACGGCAGAUGUUUGGAGCGUUCUGUUCUAA